CUCAGAAACAAGAGGAAGCAUGAAGAGCACCGAGGCACUGAGGGGUACAUCUUCAUCUGCAGAGGACUGAGUGAAGCCGCAGCAUGGCGGGGGGGCGGAGGGGACUUGUGGCCCCUCAGAAUACUUUUUUGGAAAAUAUUGUCAGGCGGUCGAACGUUUGGACACUGCCACAUAGACAGACAGCAGAUACCAACUUUGUCCUGGGGAACGCUCAGAUAGUGGACUGGCCCAUCGUCUACAGCAACGAUGGCUUCUGCAAGCUGUCAGGAUACCACAGGGCGGAGGUGAUGCAGAAAAGCAGCACCUGCAGCUUCAUGUACGGGGAGCUCACUGACAAGGACACCACGGAAAAAGUCCGACUGACGUUCGAGAAUUAUGAGAUGAACUCAUUUGAGAUCCUGAUGUACAAGAAGAACAGGACGCCGGUUUGGUUUUUUGUGAAGAUUGCUCCCAUUCGCAAUGAACAAGAGAAAGUGGUUCUGUUCCUCUGUACAUUCAGCGAUAUCACAGCCUUUAAACAGCCCAUUGAGGAUGAUUCUUCCAAAGGUUGGGGGAAGUUUGCACGACUGACUCGAGCUCUAACAAGCAGCAGGGGAGUGUUACAGCAGCUACAGCCUACGGUUCAUAAAGGAGAAAAUGUCCAUAAGCACUCCCGUCUAGCUGAGGUACUUCAGCUUGGCUCUGACAUCCUACCUCAGUACAAACAGGAAACCCCCAAAACCCCUCCUCACAUCAUCCUGCACUACUGCCUCUUCAAAACCACAUGGGACUGGGUCAUCCUCAUCCUCACCUUUUACACCGCCAUCAUGGUGCCCUACAACGUCUCCUUCAAGACCAAGCAGAACAACGUGACCUGGCUGGUGGUGGACAGCAUCGUUGAUGUAAUCUUCUUGGUGGAUAUCGUGUUAAACUUUCACACCACGUUCGUGGGGCCCGCAGGCGAGGUCAUCUCGGACCCCAAGCUGAUCCGCAUGAACUACCUGAAGACCUGGUUUGUUAUCGACUUGCUCUCCUGCCUGCCCUAUGAUGUCAUCAACGCCUUCGAGAACGUAGAUGAGGGGAUCAGCAGUCUCUUCAGCUCUCUUAAGGUAGUCAGGCUCCUCCGUUUGGGUCGGGUCGCCCGUAAACUGGACCACUACAUCGAGUAUGGGGCGGCUGUCCUGGUGCUGCUGGUCUGUGUUUUUGGGCUGGCUGCACACUGGUUGGCCUGCAUCUGGUACAGCAUUGGCGACUAUGAGGUGGUUGAUGAAGAAACCAAUAUUGUCCGCACAGACAGCUGGUUGUACAUCCUGGGUAACUCGAUGGGCAGGCCCUACCGCUUCAACGUCAGUUCAGGGAUAUGGGAGGGUGGCCCGAACAAGGACUCCCUCUACAUCACCUCCCUGUAUUUCACCAUGACCAGUCUGACCAGCAUCGGCUUCGGCAACAUCGCUCCGACGACAGACGGGGAGAAAAUCUUUGCUGUGGCCAUGAUGAUGAUUGGAUCCCUUCUUUAUGCCACCAUCUUUGGUAACGUGACCACCAUCUUCCAGCAGAUGUAUGCCAACACUAAUCGUUACCACGAAAUGCUCAACAGUGUCCGGGACUUCCUGAAACUCUACCAGGUCCCCAAAGGCUUGAGUGAAAGAGUAAUGGAUUACAUCGCCUCUACCUGGUCCAUGUCACGGGGUAUUGACACAGAAAAGGUGCUACAGAUUUGUCCAAAAGACAUGAGAGCAGAUAUUUGUGUUCAUCUCAACCGCAAAGUUUUCAAAGAGCAUCCAGCUUUCAGACUGGCCAGCGACGGGUGUCUCAGGGCUCUGGCUAUGGAGUUUCAGAUGAUCCACUGCGCUCCUGGUGACUUGAUAUACCACGCUGGUGAAAGCGUGGACAGCCUCUGUUUCGUGGUGUCUGGAUCCUUAGAAGUCAUACAAGAUGAUGAGGUGGUGGCUAUUUUAGGUAAGGGAGAUGUAUUUGGGGAUGUUUUCUGGAAGGAGGUGACUCUGGCUCCGGCCUGCGCCAACGUCAGAGCCUUGACCUACUGUGACCUCCACGUCAUUAAGCGCGAUGCACUGCAGAAGGUCUUGGAGUUCUACACGGCUUUUGCAAACCACUUCUCCAGAAACCUCCUGCUCACUUACAACCUAAGAAAGAGGAUUGUCUUCCGGAAGAUCAGUGAUGUGAAACGGGAGGAGGAGGAGCGACAACGGCGGAAAAAUGAAGCCCCCCUGAACCUGCCACCGGAUCACCCAGUACGAAAACUUUUCCAGCGCUUCCGACAGCAGAAAGAAGCCCGAAUGGCCACCCAAAAACAGGACCUCAACGAACAGGACGUUGAGAAGGGUCCUGCCUAUGUUGAGGUAUCGAUGGCCAAAGCCCCUGUCACAACUACCAGCAUCGUCACGGUAACAGAAAGCCCAGCAACACCCUCCUCCUCGGUCCCUUCACCUUCAACGCCGACAAACUGCACCUCUACAGACAAGGCAAAGCUGCAGGUGCCUUCAACAGUUUCUUUGGCAGCUUGCCGACCUGCUGAGCCGGUCAAAGUCAAAGGCUGGGGUCGCUUCAAGGAGUCCAUGGCCAAAGCCGAUAACUGGAACAAGGUGGCUAAAGCCGAAUCCAUGGAAACUCUACCUGAGCGGACAACUGAGCACGAGCCGCACACGACUUUAAAGAAGACGGACUCGUGUGACAGCGGGAUCACCAAAAGUGACCUACGGCUGGACAAAGUGGGCGAGUUUCGCAUGACCCCUCAGGACCGCAGUCCUGCCCAGCCUCCAGAAACCAGGCAUGCCUUUUACCCCAUCCCAGAGCAGACUCUUCAGGCCUCACUUCAGGAACUUAAGCUGGAGCUCAAGGAGGACAUUAAGAGCCUGAGCAUCCGAAUGUCUGGCCUAGAGGCGCAACUUGCUGAAGCACUUAAACUCCUUCGAGCCAGGAAAUCUAGUACUGGCUCCGAGCAGCCUCUUUUUGACAUUUCAAGGCCUGCCUCGCCAGAGCUGGACAAAGAGGAUAUUUUUUCAUGAGGGAAGGAAGAGAGACCCAUCAGGUAACAGCGAUACAUGAGCUCAGCUGGAAUCCAGUAAUGUAGAGAUUGCUUGGAUAGCUGAGGCAGUUUAAGGCACACCAUCUGUAGGUGUCACUGUGGUCCAUGAGAUCUACCGACCUUUAACAUGAGGUGUGUCUGCUGGUUAACGCAGGAUGUCAAAGAUUACGCUAUCGUAGCACUGAAGGCUUGAAGGUUACAUAACAGAUGACAGAAAAAGUUUGUACAUAAUUUAUUUUUCCACUGUGCCAUGUUGGAAAAAUAACGCGCCUAGUUUGAUUUUAUCUCAGCCGCAGAACUAACUGCAGAGUCGUUACUGUUGGGAUGCCCCAAUGGAGGCAGCAUGACCCGCUGGUUUGUUAUUGAAUCAUUCGUAUGAAACUCUUUGCAUGUCAUAUAAAAUAGAUGUGUACCUCUUACUGCAGACUGGGGCCAUACUUGAUUAAUUGAGGCUGCACAGCGAGUCAUUUGCAUUAUUUCAGUCAGAAAGAGCAGACUCUAUCCAGAUGUUGAAACAAUCUCACUGUAAUUUCCUCAGACACAUCUCUUAUUAAAAUCUGCUGGGAUCAUUAUGAAUUAUACAACAGAUAACUCUGGCCAACCAAUCUGGUUCCCAGAAAAAAACAUGCCUGAGUAGAGCUUACAAUGUAAUUUACAUAAAGCAUUAAAGGAUGUGCUAGAUAGAAAAUGAAUUUAAAUGCUAACUAGUGAGCAUGCAGUAGAGAAGUUAUCCAUCUUUGCUGAAGUCUUGCAUUUGUUUAUCUCAUCUGGGAGCGCUGCAGCCAUAUACAUGAUGCACUGUAGUGUGAAAGUUGUGCGUUUUUACCUUCGGGGAAUCUUAUUAGUAAUUUGAUAAUGCAAACUACAGCAUUUGUUGUGGCACCUUACGUUCCUUUGGAAAUUUCAUGAGCCAAGAAGGAAUACCCAUUGUUACAAUAAUUUUAAAAUAUUUGUUAAUAUGUAUUUAUCUAACACACAAAGUUGCAUAAAACCACCAGGUAAUCCAAAACCCCAUAAUAGUAACCCCCUUACAUAAAGCCUCACUGUUUAAACUUGCUGCUGAAGUGCAUGAUGCAUUGUUUUUCUUUUCCAUCUUGCACUAGUUUUGCAUGAUUCUUGUUGUUUUUAAAAGAUGCUUAUGAUUAAUGUAAGGUUGCUUUCCACUAGUUAAUUAUUAUCUUAAAAUCUGUCACUGAAUUUCUUUCUCUAUCUGGGUAAAAAUUACCCUAUGCUUAAAGCAACACCGGUAGGCUAAAUUAUUCAAAAGUAAACUGAUAUUAGCUUCUCAAGAAGCAUAAAAAUAUAGAUUAUUUUACACUAAAGUAUUUUUUCUAUUCCAAUUAAUUAAGGCAAAGCCUUUAUUUUGAACAUUUUAAGUUCACAAAUUCCAUAUCAGUGAAAAUAAAGACAUCUAUUUCUAAAAUAGAAAAACUAAAUAUAAAAAGACACGACUGCUUUUUUCCCCUUUCUGGCUCACAUGAAAUUGACGUAAACCUUUACUGUUUUAAUUCUUUAUCAAAAUUAUUUUCACUUUCCAAAUGCCAGACUAAUGACAGAUAUUUCUUUUUUUUAAUAAUUCACUAGAGAUAAACCAGACUCAUGUGGGUCUGAACUCUAUCUAACGUCACGCCUGAUUUCAUAUUCUUCUGAUGCGAUAGAAGGAACCCAUGUGAGCUUUAAAAUACACCCAUGGCUCCUCCUCCUACAUUUAACUCUGUAAUUGUAAAAUGCUUACUUGCCAGUUAGCCUAUUAUUAUUAGCUUACAGCACUAUGAUAUUAUUAGAGAUGCACCAAUCCAAUACUAAUAUACGGUAGGUAUCGGCCCCAAACCGAAGAAAAUUCUAGAUCUGUUAUCAGGCAAAAAUAAGGGCCAAUCGUUUAGGACAGAUAUAUUCAGUCUAAUUCUAUUAUAAAUUUAAAAUUGUUUAAAAAUCUCUUAAAAAGCAGAAAAGUUUCACUUUUAUGGGCAUCUCUCUUUUGCAA